AUGGAACGCCAGAUUGAAAAAACUCCAUUUUUGGCGGGACCAGAAGAUCCUGCGAUAAUGAUACGUAACAGAAAUUUAAGGAACCUGAAUCCAUUACCGCCAAUUUCAUACACACGUCAUAAAGAUGCAGGCCAAAAUAACAAAAUGGAGGAAGCGAAUAUAAAUAGUGCCUUACAACCUCUACAGAUUCAUGUGCCUAAGGGAGACAGGAAGUGGGCGCAUAGUUACCACAAGCCAUGUAUCCUUCCGCCAAUCCAACAAUCAUUGAAAAAUUCUGUUUGCGAUAUUCAAAAUGCUCAAAAUGAAAACAGUGACCUUUACGAACAUAGUCAAAACAAUACACGUAAAAAAGUGGCCUUGAUUACCGAGAAAAUACAAUAUUUAAAUCACGUGCAAGCACAUGCAGAUCUCACAGAGAAAAACUGCGUGACUCCAGCCAUUAAUAUUCGCCAUGUUAUUCCAAACCUGGAGGCCUUGAACUUUGACUCCAACCACACAUUUCCAGAAAAAAGUUCGGAAGUUUCUACAGCAGACGAACCAGUCGUUGAAAAAAGUUUGGAAAUUGUGCGAACCGAAGCAAUUACAAAAUUUUUGAAUUCCAGGUCCAGUAACAGACGGAACGCUGUUUGUAAAAUACUUGAUGAAAUGGUCACCAAUGGUCUGGGGGAAUACUACAGGCGUUUGUCCAUCAACGCAUUAAUUUCUGUUUUUCCAGACAUGAAUAUAGAAAUAGAAAAUCUACAACAUUUGGAAGCGAAAUCAGCAGGUUUUACCUCUUUUUAA